UGGCUGGCGGGGUGAGCAGCGCGGUAGGGGCCUCCAGGCCCCGCUUCAGCUGAGCGAGGCGGCUCCUCGAACCCAGCCGAGGAGGGCCUGAGGGGGUGAGCGGGGGUGUGGAGCCCCAGAGUCACCAGCUCGAGUCCCUGCCCUACCCGGCCCUGGAGCCAGGUGUCCAAACUAGAAGGGAACUUGGGGAGAAUCCGAGCCAACCACCUUGUGCAACAGAUGGAGAAACGGAGUUUCAGGGAAGGAAGGAUCUACUCCAAGUCACAGCAAUUUGUAAAAAUGGAAUUUCAAGCAGUAAUAAUGGCAGUUGGAGGGGGAUCUCGGAUGACAGACCUGACUUCCAGCAUUCCCAAACCUCUGCUUCCAGUUGGGAACAAACCUUUAAUUUGGUACCCAUUAAACUUGCUUGAGCGUGUUGGAUUUGAAGAAGUCAUUGUCGUUACAACGAGGGAUGUCCAAAAGGCUCUAUCUGCAGAAUUCAAGAUGAAAAUGAAGCUAGAUAUUGUGUGUAUUCCUGAUGAAGCAGACAAGGGAACUGCAGAUUCUCUGCGCCACAUAUAUCCAAAACUUAAGACAGAUGUACUGGUCCUGAGCUGCGAUCUGAUAACAGAUGUUGCCUUACAUGAGGUUGUGGACCUGUUCAGAGCUCACGAUGCUUCACUCGCAAUGUUAAUGAGAAAAGGCCAAGAUGGCUUAGAACCAGUUCCAGGUCAAAAGGGGAAAAAAAAAGCAGUGGAGCAGCGUGACUUCAUUGGAGUGGACAGCACAGGAAAGAGGCUGCUCUUCAUGGCCAAUGAAGCAGACUUGGAUGACGAGCUGGUCAUUAAGGGAUCCAUCCUGCAGAAGUAAG